AUGCUUGGAUUUUUUUCAAGCAAAAAUGCAAUUUCUUCCAUCUCGGCAACUCCACCAGCACCAACUCUCACUUGGCCAACAGAGGCUCCGCCAACGCGCCGAUCAUCCGUGCAGUUACACCUUCCGCCUAGCGAUAGGCCGUUACGUGCAGUUGCCCCUGAAAUACCAGUCGUUGCAAACGAAGAGCCCGGAGGUUCGAUCAGCCAACGAAGCUCAAGGGAGUAUCCACUCUCGACCGUCCCCUUAGCACAAGCAGUUGCCAAUGCGUGGCCGCAUUCCACUCCUGCAGCACCGUUCCAACCACAGUCAAGUUCUGGUUCGGACGGAGUCGCUUUUUCAGAAGACUUGGGUACACCUGGUCGUGCCAACAGUGUAUCACGGGUUCUGAAGCGUGACGCAACCUUUCCCCUAUCUGCUCGACAGCUACGAGAAUUACCACAGCAGAGCGACCAUACCGACAAGGCUCUAGUCAACAGAAAGGCACAUCAUGCAAGCACGGGCGCCGGAGAACACGGCGUCGGACCAGGUCGUUCCUUUACUGAAACCAGCACAGGGCUGGUGGCACCCGGUGUACGUCAACAGGCAACGGAAGUACGCGUGGGAGGAGACACUGGGCUCCUGACCUCUAAACGUGACGAUCCUGGAGAGUCAACCCAUCAGCUGGACGCGUUUAGUGAGAGAGAAACAGGCGAUGGAGGGCUUGAUGCAGAGACGGAGGCGACAGACGAAUCGAAAACCCCACCGCAGCAGCCGGCGUCGCCGGUUGGGGAAGUUUGCCGCGAUGAUAAAGGCGGCGUAAAAAAACAGUUGGCGGUUACAGCUCCCCAUCCCGGGAACGGCGCAGCGAUCCCUUCAAUUUAUCUUGCAUAUGAUCAACAGCCCCGCGUAUGCCUCAUCGUCUCCCCCAGGUUCGAACCGGAGCUUCGGGUAAGAAGGAGUUCUGCUCCUUCGGUGCAGAUUUAUACGGAUCUGCCGAUGGACAUUCAUCAUUGCUUCGACAAACCUGAUAAGGUGAGCCCGACGCCAGUUCCCUGGACACCAGCCUGGCUUCGGGAUGGAAGCGUACGGAAGUCACCGACAUCCGAGAGUGGCGCUGGGAAAGGCACAGAACAGCGAGUGCGCGCAGGCGGGCCGGCAGCGCCACGGACACUCGACAGAGGCAGCCUGACGCACGGUAAAGUGGACGAACAUAAGCGAUUAUGGGACACGCAGCAACCCACAAUUGUGCUACAUCCGCCGACAGCAGUUUUUGGUGGACCGACUGGACAGGCAAAGGGCAGCGAGCGACGCACUCAACAACAUCGCAUGUUUGUUGUUGUCGAUGUGACAUCUGAAUGGUGGCCGUCAGUGCAGCUGCAGUACGUGCAUGAGGACUAA